GCUGCCAAGAGGAGCCGCCGGGCGCUCGCAGGCUCGGCGCGCGCUGCCCGCGGGAGGACCCGGCCGCCGCGCCCCCGCCGCGCCCCGCCGCCGUCCGGAGCCAUGGCCGCGCUCGGCCACCCCGCCGCCUUCGGCCGGGCCACCCACGCCGUGGUGCGGGCGCCGCCCGAGUCCCUGGUCCAGCACGCGCUGAGGCGCGCCAAGGGCGACGAGGUGGAUUUCGCCCGCGCCGAGCGGCAGUACCAGCUCUACGUGGGCGUGCUGGGCAGCAAGCUGGGGCUGCAGGUGGUGGAGCUGCCGGCCGACGAGAGCCUCCCGGACUGCGUGUUCGUGGAGGACGUGGCCGUGGUGUGCGAGGAGACGGCCCUCAUCACCCGCCCCGGGGCGCCGAGCCGGAGGAAGGAGGUUGACAUGAUGAAAGAAGCAUUAGAAAAACUCCAGCUCAAUAUAGUAGAGAUGAAAGAUGAAAAUGCAACCUUAGAUGGUGGGGAUGUCUUAUUCACAGGCAGAGAAUUUUUUGUGGGCCUUUCCAAAAGGACAAAUCAACGAGGUGCUGAAAUCUUGGCUGAUACUUUUAAGGACUAUGCGGUCUCCACUGUCCCUGUGGCUGAUGCUUUGCAUUUGAAGAGUUUCUGCAGCAUGGCUGGGCCUAACCUAAUUGCAAUUGGAUCCAGUGAAUCUGCGCAGAAGGCCCUCAAGAUCAUGCAACAGAUGAGUGACCACCGCUACGACAAACUCACUGUGCCUGAUGACAUUGCUGCAAACUGUAUAUAUCUAAAUAUCCCCAGCAAAGGCCAUGUCUUGCUACACCGAACCCCGGAAGAGUAUCCAGAAAGUGCAAAGGUUUAUGAAAAGCUGAAGGACCAUAUGCUGAUCCCCGUGAGCCAUUCUGAAAUGGAAAAGGUGGACGGGCUGCUCACCUGCUGCUCCAUUUUAAUUAACAAGAAAGCAGACUCCUGAGUCGCAGUCCCUCCCUCAUAGCUGGCAGCACUGCGCUCACAGGCCGAUAACUGUACCCACUCCUUUCGUUCUCGUUGACAAUCUGCUGUGCCACUGUGCCACUAACUCUGGUUUAGGGAAGUUUAAUUCUCAGUUUAAUUGCUUCGUUCUGUACCCUCUCCUCCCUCCCCUCACAGUGGUACCCAAGCUAUGGAUUUGCUAAAUGAAUUAAGCAAUUUAGAAAAUAUAGAGCUAAUGAAUUAUUGAAAUGUGAUUAAUAAUAGUAAGGAAACACUCAUUUUGGUGUUUGUACUAUCAGUGUGAAAUCAUUUAGUUGCCAAUAUAUGCUGAAGUAUGUCUUCUUGAUCAGUCAGAUAAGUUGGGUCUUUUUUUCUCUGUAUCAUUAAUCAUCUUUGGUUCCUGUGAAAUUCCCUGGUCCAUGGAUCCCCCCCUUUCCCUCUUUUUUCUUUCUGAACUCUGGAGACUUUCUUUCCAGUUACUUUCCUUUGCCUUUUCCAUUGCUGUCACAGUCACCUUGGCCUUGGGUAAAAUGCAGGGUGAAAUGCCUUCUGGAUAACUUGCUGCAAGUCCACCCUGCCUGCCAUUGGUCUCCUCUCCCUCUUGACAUCUUUUGCCACCAUCCCCACUCUCCCCCAGAGGGGCAAAUGGGCCCCCCAGCAGAACUGAACUGUGACCAAAAUCAGAGCGACUGUUUGGGGGAGAAUUAACUACACAGAGGCACAUCCUGAUGGGGUUUGUUCCAGAAAUCUAAAUUCCAGAAGAAGUAGGGCACCACACCUAGGAAGGUAAAUUUGGCUUCACAUGUUUGCCAGGGGAUCGUAGAUCAAGAAGCUUGGAAACACCCCGUGGGUACAACAUGUUAGAAAGUCUUUAAGUCACAUUCCAUGAAUUUUUGCUUCAUUACUAGCCAUAUCCAGACCUUGGGGAAUAGUCUUAUUUUUUCCUUCAGCUCCUUUCUGUUUUCCCCCAUCAUGACUCACCCUAUUUCCAGCCUUCUAUUCCCUGCAGUUAUCCUGGUCUAGCAAAGUUAUUUCUUUCAAAAUAGACAUCACAUCUAAAAAUGUUUAUUGAUGGUCUAGUGCAAGCCAGAUGGAGCAUGUUCAGGAAGUGAUCAGCUUGGUGCUUGAAACCAACCGCAGAUAAUGAACAGUUCUGCUUUCAAAUAUCCAUGAAUAUUUACUGUGGAAUUCAAUUAAGACUUCUUUCCUCUUUAGCCUUCAAAUUACACGACCUUAAACUUGCAAAGAACAAUCCCGCAGGGAUGGGAGAGAUCAUUGUCUUCUACUUAAACCUGAAAGAAUCAGCCUUUUAAAGCAAGCCAGGGAAAUGGUACUUUCGAAGGAAUGGUGACUGAUCCAGGCAUGUUAUCAAACUUCCUGGUCAUCUCUACGUUUCCUGUAUUGCCUGUGGCUUGUUUAAGAUUAAGAAUCAGGGAGAUUAAGAAAUACUGCUUCAAGCUUUGCUCUGCUCACCUGUGUGUUUGUUAUCAAACAUUUCUUAUGUUUGGUGACCAAGAGAGAAUGAUUUUCAUUAAUUUCAUCUCCCCCUUAGCAAAUGGAAAUGAUAAACGUCUGAGAAAGCCAAGACAUCCUUAACCACUAUCUGCCUUUUUCAUUUAUUUGAUGGUUUUAUGCCAGACUUUGAAGAAAUUCCUUCUCUUCCUUUUUGCUUAACUUUAAAAUUUGUGGGGCUGGCCCAGUGGCACAGCAGUUAAGUUCACACGUUCCACUUUGGUGGCCCAGGGUCUGCCGGUUCGGAUCCCGGGUGCAGACAUGGCACCGCUCAUCAAGCCAUGCUGUGGCAGGUCUCCCACAUAUAAAGUAGAGGAAGAUGGGCACGGAUGUUAGCUCAGGGUCAGUCUUCCUCAGCAAAAAGGGGAGGAUUGGUGGCAGAUGUUAGCUCAGGGCUGAUCUUCCUCAAAAUACAAUAAAAUAAAAUUCAUUUCACAUGCAAAUGUCUAAUUAUAUGCAUCCUAUGAAUGAAUCAUAUCUUGACCACUGUCAUAUUUCCAACUGUCUCAUUGUGGGUGAAUAAUAUAUUUUUACCAGAGAGAAUGAAUGUUACCCACAUGCCAAGUUAAUAAAGAAAAAUUGUCCCCUGCAGUGAUGGUUGCCCUUUUAGGUUAAAUCUGGCCCUGUGCUGGCAAAAGCAGAAAGUCUCCUUGUGAGAGUUCAUCUCAAAAACAACCAUGGGAAAACUACCCCAAUCCACCAGUUUAGGCCUAAUAUUAAAGUUAACUGACAAAAUUUCCGUUAUCUUUUCUUCUAUCCUUCCACAUUAAAGAACUUUCCUCUAGUGGGUUUAGUCAAUUGCAAAUGAAUAGAUUUUUUGGGGAACAAUUUGUUCUACAGAAGCCUGUUUUUCACUUUUCUUUACUUCUUUCCCUUUUGCCUUUGUCUCAAGAAAUCACUUAGAGUCUGUGUGCCUCUUCCACAGAAUCUUACUCUGCACUGCUGCGUCAGCUGCUAGACUGGCUUCUUUGGACUCCGUAUGUGAUAGGAUGAUGUGAAGAUCUAAAAUAUUACUUCUUUGAUGUUCUCAUCAGCAUAACAUUAUCUUUGAAGAGGAAAGAUAACCCUCUUGUCUAUUGUGAUGUGUAAGGGUAGAUACACUAACGGAAACUGCUUUUCAACAUUAUAAACAUAUUAUAAUAUCUAUUUAAGUAAGUAAAAGUUGAGUCAGAAUUACUUGGCCAGUAAGACUCAAUUUAAUAAAGAUAAUAUAGAGAAAGUACAUUAUUUAGCAUUAUUUCUCCAAAUAUGAUGGAUUGCUAUAGAAAUCAGCAGGCAGAGCCCUCUAAUGUGUAUUGAUUGCUCUUUUAAGCUACUGUGAACAGAUUACUAAGACCAUCUCUUCAUCUCUAAGGCAGGAAGAUAGUCCAUAGAUGAAUAAUGUGACUUAUAUAGAGUUGCAUGUUAGACUUUGUCAUUAUUUACUCUUUAACAUUCUACAGACCUCAGACAUGAUUUCCACAUGGUGUUAGAUUCGUGCAUUUUAUUUUACUGACCAUCUUCUUCCAGCCAAUGUAUGGUUAUCCACUCUGUGUGCCAAAACCAGUAAUGCCUUUCACGGCCCUUUAGUCCAGAGAAGUCCUGCACUGAUUUUAGUCUCUUGCUGUCCUGAUCCUACAAGUGUACCAAUCAUGAUGGAAUAAAGUGUGAGUUGUACUGUGA